AUGAAAACAUCUCAGUCAGGGUCUUUGGGCCGGUACGGGACAGAUUCUACAAAUGACGUGGGCCCAGUAUAUGAUUAUGGAUCCGGACAAGAUGGUGGCGGUCGCGAGCGGGGAACACGCAGGAGGAAAGUUUAUGGGUAUUUGAAAGCGGCGAACGAGCUGCGGCAGGCCUAUUCAGCUCAGUGGGCGCAAAAGACCCAGGAUUAUGAUUACGAUAUAUGCGACACUCCAGGUGGGUUCCCAGAGCUCGGGACAACGAGACUUGCGGAUGAGGAAAUGGUUUUAUUCCCCAGUUACGCGAAGAGACAUGUGAGGAAGGAGCCUAAGGUGGAUUAUAGGGAAUUGGCGCUGGAAUCGCAGACUUACCCUGAUGAUCCGCAGUCGAUGGGGAAUAUGGAGUUUUGGAGAACGGAGUGGGAGAGAUAUGAGCAUGAUAAUGCGAUUGUGGAUGUCGAUGUGAGAGGGUGGAUAUAUACGCCUCACAUUGAGCCAAUGAGUCGGAAAAAUCGUAUUCUGAUUGCCCUUGCUCGACGGCUGAGUGGGAUACCGGCUCCACAUACAGUGUCUACAGAGAACAGGCCAUCGUCGGCUUCCUUGAAUGAGGAAGCAGUUGUCGAUAAACAAGAGCAAUCUAUUAUUCAUUUGGCCGAGAGUAACGCGGACCCUGAGUGGCGGGCUAAUGCUAGACUGGAAGGGAUAUUUUCCAGACCCGAGGGUGAUCAAAGUUCAUCUUAUAACAGUCCAGAGGAGAUAGCCGCUGCGAACGCCAGGCUUCUGGAACGGCUUCAACCUUUUUUGGCACAUCCUACUGUCAGCAUUCCCAUUACGGUUUUCUUUUAUGACCAAAAGAACAGCCAGUCAAGGACGGUUUCGACGAAUGAUGGAGGCCACUUCUCGGUUCGUGCCGCCCUCGAUUUUGUCCCCACCCACAUCAGGGUGCUAGCUUCAGAGAAUUUAUCCGCUUCGGAAGAGAUUACGAUCACCGAACCAACGGGAAUUAGUUUGAUCAGUGACAUUGAUGAUACCAUUAAGCACUCCGCAAUCGCAAGCGGCACGAGAGAGAUCUUCCGAAAUACAUUCGUUCGCAACCUUGAAGACCUUACCGUGCUGGGUGUGAAAGAAUGGUAUUCAAAAUUAACUGAGAUGGGUGUGAAGAUUCAUUACGUUUCGAAUUCCCCAUGGCAACUGUAUCCCUUACUUCAGAAAUUUUUUAGGGUGGCCGGUCUACCACCCGGAUCGUUUCAUUUGAAACAGUACUCAGGGAUGCUUCAAGGUAUCUUCGAACCUGCAGCGGAGAAAAAGAGGCCGAUAUUAGAAAGCAUCAUGCUUGACUUUCCCAACCGCAGGUUCAUCCUUGUAGGCGAUAGUGGAGAGGCAGACCUGGAAGUCUACACAGAAUUAGCACUUGCUAAUCCAGGUAGAAUACUCGCGAUAUUCAUUAGAGAUGUGACAACGUCUCCGUCCCAUAAAUUUUUCGAUACAUCGGUUACCCAAUUUGAAAGGCCGCCGACUCGAACUCCCACACAUGGGCCUCCCCCUCCAGAACGUUUGGGAGAUCAGGAAACGCUCCCACCCAUUUUGCCACCCCGCAACUAUCCUAGUCAGAAAGCUUCGGGUGAUGUUGAUUUAAGUGCUGGAGAAGAGCUUUCAUGGAUGGAUAACAAGGAGCCUUCUAAUGGUACAUCUGAAAGUCGGCAAAUACCUCCCAUAAGGCCUUCCAAACCAGCUGUUCUUCGUAGUGGGGCUGUCGAAGGAUAUAGAGACAGCAAUGUGGACACAGUGUCGUCCAGCAUUCGACGGAAGCCAGCGCCACCCCUCCCAGCAAAGCCCACAAGGUUAUCCUCUUCACAACCGCAGGGACAAGCUGAACGCCCUACUCUGCCCAUCCGUUCAACACAAACGCUAGCUCAUAUUGGCCCGCAAGUGAUUAGCCGUUUCUCAACCAACGAACCCCCGGUCAAUAAUGAUAGUAAUAAUAGAAACGAGGAGAGCUACAAAUCUACUGUCCCAGAUAAGGCUGCAAAUAUGCACGACCAGCUCCCGUCAGCACGACCGCAAUGGGAGAGUAUUCCCACCACCGCCGCCGCCACCCACACGCCUUCGUCAACUCAUCAAACCUCAUCCUCACGUCCAACAACCAAAGAGCCACCCCCACCAGUCCCCCCACCCCGGCGCAGUACAACCCAAUCCCUUAUAAAACAAACCUCAUCAAUGAACCGAACCGCCCAGAAUCCCUCGGGCGCCGCUCAGGAUCUGCGAAUGAGUAACACAACGCUCUCCCAACCCCCGUCUUCCUCCACCGUAUCAACCACCCCGCCGCGUCUUGCACGCUCAACCACCAAUAUACCCUCACAACUAUCCCAACCGUCGUCCUCCCCUUCCCCAUACCCAAACUCGUCGACAUCCUCCUCUUCAGUUACACCUGGUCCCGGGGCCGCAGCAGCGCCAAUGACGUUCAAUAAGCGCGAAGACAUGUGGAAGCGACGCUGGGCACGGGCGAAGGAGAUUUUGGACAGGCAAGGGGUUUUGCUGAUGACUUGGCGGGCUGGGGAUGAUGUCCAUGAUGUUUGCGUUGGGUUGGUGGAGAGCGCGGAACGUGAAGGGAGAGCAGGAGGGAGCGUUGAGGUGAGGUAG